CGCUGCCGGAAGUGACGGCACUCCUUCCACAGAGCGUGGUAUAGCACGCGUGCGCAGUCGGCUCUUCCUUCAGCUGUGUUGUGGAAAUGGUGGAGAAGAAAACUUCGGUUCGCUCCCAGGACCCUGGACAGCGGCGGGUGCUUGACCGGGCCGCCAGACAGCGCCGCAUCAACAGGCAGCUCGAGGCCUUGGAGAAUGACAACUUCCAGGACGACCCUCAUGCGGGACUCCCCCAGCUAGGCAAAAGGCUGCCUCAGUUUGAUGACGAUGCAGACACCGGAAAGAAAAAGAAGAAAACCCGAGGCGAUCAUUUUAAACUUCGCUUCCGAAAGAACUUUCAGGCCUUGUUAGAGGAGCAGAACCUGAGUGUGGCUGAGGGCCCCAACUAUCUGACGGCCUGUGCGGGCCCCCCGUCCCGACCCCAGCGCCCCUUCUGUGCCGUCUGCGGCUUCCCGUCCCCGUACACCUGCGUCAGCUGUGGUGCCCGGUACUGCACUGUGCGCUGUCUGGGUACCCACCAGGAGACCAGGUGCCUAAAGUGGACUGUGUGAACCUGGGUGUUCCCAGAGGGAAAGACCCCCUGUGCAUCACCUCAGCCUCGGAGAGGGCUUGACCAAGGGGAGAGGUGCUCUUCUGGACCGAGAGAGCAGCCGUUCGCUCGCCCAGCAAGGCUGAGUCCUAUCUACCAGGGAAGACCAGUCCGAGUCCGGGGGCUCUUUGCAGGGAAGUGGGCUGGGCCCUCAGCGUGCCGUUGUAAUAAAAGGUCUCAUGUGACGAGGA